AUAUCUUUACCAAAGCUUCCACCAGUUAUAAUCAGAUUAAUUCCAAAUAAUGGUAAUAAAACAUCAACACAAAUAUUGCAAAUACAUGAAAAAGUGCUAGAAAUAGUUAGACAACUUUUAAUUUACAUUGUUUCAGUUGGAUCAGAUGGUGUUAUUUCAGAAUUUAAUGCACAAAAUAAUAAAAUUUCAGAUUCUUACACAAUUGCUAUGAUAGCAAAUACUGUAGCUAAUUUCAAUACGAUAGAUAUUUGUAAUGAUGAUACUGAAAAUGAUUUAAAGGAUAUAUAUUUGGAAUUAGCUUUUUUAUUAUCAGAUAAAAAUUAUUUAAGUGAUCAGAACUUAGAGACAUAUGAAAUCUUUUAUACUGGUGUUACUGAAGCAGGAAUUUUAGAUAUUUUUUAUUUAGUUAAUUUGUGA